AUGCUUCAAGUCUCCUACUCCUUCUUCAAUCAGUUAGGACCAAGUAAGGCAUCCCCGCACACUUGGUUCUUGGUGGGCACUGCAGCCCGGCUUGCACUUGGUUUGGGCCUCCAUACGCCAUCCGCCUAUGACGGUUCAUCGUUCGACGUUCAACAAAGACGCAAACGGAUUUUUUUCUCUAUCUAUAUGAUGGACCGAGUUGUGUCUAUUGCUCUGGGCCGCCCUUUCGCGAUUCAUGACGACGACAUCGAAGUCACGGUACCCCGGAGAGUCAUGCCUACCAAAGACACUAUUGCAGCCGUCUGCCUUGUCCGUCCCGCUCCAUAUACUGCACCUGAGGCAACUCGCAAGCAAGAUUUCUCGUCUCGUCUACAAAAAAAGGAACUUGCAUGCACUUCAAGGCCCGCAGGAUCAUCAUGCCAUUCUAACAUCCCUGCACGAAGAGCUACUACAAUGGCGGCGGAGCAUGCCUUUUCCACUGCCCCAUUCCACCGAGCCCAUCCCGCACCUGCAUACCUUAUGGUACGACUUCAACUACUACACACACUUGGCCAUGAUCUACAGACCUUCUCCGCUGUGUCCGACGCCGAAUGCAGAUGUACUCAAGGUCCUAGAAACGGCAGCUUCCAUGGCCCUGCGCCAAGCGUUUGCGAUGCAACAGCAGCGGCGCUUCGCAUAUAA